GAGGGAAGAGCGGGGAGCCGGUACCUGCCCCCACCGAGGGUCCCCAGCCCCGCCGGGGCACGGCACGGCACGGCACGGCGGGAGCAGCCCACCGGCGGGGCCCGGGGGAAGCGCAUCCCGGCGCGGGGUCCGGUCCCGGCGGCUUUGCCCCCACCCCGCCAGCACCGGGAGCCGCACGGAGCUCCCGCCGGCGGCCCGGGUCACGUGUGCGGGCCGUAAUCCCGGCGAGGGGGUGUCAAUACCGGGGGAAGGGGGCGGCGGGAGGAGGGGCUGCCGCCGAUGAGGGCUGAAGCCGGGUGCGCGGCCGGCUGCGGGCGCCGCUGCGGGCGAGGCGGGGGCUGCGGCCGCGGCCAUGGCCUGGCCCUGCAUCAGCCGGGUGUGCUGCCUCGCCCGCUUCUGGAGCCAGCUGGACAAGUCCGACCUCUCCGUGCCGCUCACCAUCCACAACUACUCGGACAUCGAGGAGCAGGAGGACGGGGCGCCCCAGCGCGGCGGGGCCCCCCCCCGGGGCAGCGCCCGCCCGCCCGCCCCGGCCCCCCGCCCGCGGGACCCCGCCGCCGGGAAGCCGGGCGGCCGCAGGAAGGGCCGGGCGGUGACCGGCGGAGAGCCCUUCGCGGCGGAGACCCAGUACCGGCGGGACUUCAGAGCCUGGCCCCUCCCGAGGCGGGACGCCUUCCCCUGGGUCAGCGCCAGCAGCGGCGGCGGCGGGAGGGACGGGGCCGCCCCCCAGCCCGCCCCGGGCCGCGCCGCCUGCGCCCUGCCCGGCGGCCCCGAGCAGCUGCGGCCGCGCUCGCAGGCGGACGGCGGGCACACCACCUCCUACAGGCAAGAGUAUCGCCCAUGGACUGGAGCAAAACCAUCCAAGCCUAUAAAGACAAAGCAAGGCUUCAUUAUCCCAGAAGACCAUUUUGUUCAAGAGACAAGCUACAAAGCAGAUUUUAAGAUCCCAGAGGUGAAGACCAGGUUCUCCCCCAACCCUUCUGCUGUUUUCCAGGCGCCGUCACGGAUCCUCAACGUGUGAACCUGGACCCUCCUCACACCCAGGCAACUUAAACGCAGCGUUUCUGCUAAGAUGUAUCACUAUGCAAUUUUCAUGAGGAGUGUUAAGAUCAAAGAACUGGUAUUAUCAAAAGCAGCUCCAGUAAUUAAUGAUAUGCACACACACUUUCUGUUAACACACCGCAAAGCGCUUGGUUCAGAACUGGCCAAACACACUGCAAGGAGUGACCUAGUUUUUCCCAGGAGCAGGUUCGUUACUAUGCCAGCUGGCAUCACAUUAGGAGAUUGACUUUGGGCAGCAAAGGCAGCAUUGCAGGCAACAUCCCUACGCUUAACUACCCAGGGUGGGAGGGAAAACAAUCACAAGCGGGAUGGAUAAUUAAAACCAAAAAGAGUCUUAUUCAGCAGCGCCCUCUAAGUAGGCCAGUGAAAGACAGGGAGUGUCUGGCUGACUUCUGAGCUCCUUGAGGGGUUUUGGAUAUAGGAUAUCAAAUGCCAUCACCAGAAACCAUAACCAUCAAAGGGGCUGGUCUGAACUUCCAGAACUUGUGAACUGAUGCAGGAGCAAGAUGGGACUCAACUUUGGGAGACAACACUGACAGCAACACACCGGCCCAGUUCGGAGAGGAUUGCAUGGACAGUCAGCUAGGCACCCGCCAGACUCCAGAAGAUCUAAGAUAUUUAUGUAAUUUGUAUAGCUGUUAGGGUGAGUGUAAGUAUUGUAUAUAGAUUUUACCUAAAGCAGUUUGUGAUCCUUUAAUGAAAAGGACAUGCUUAUACUUUUAAUAAAUGUUACCUCUUUGCAUAUGCAAGGUGGAAAAUAUUGCCUUGAAAUUCCUAAAUUAUUGCCUGUAUAUUGGUAAUGCUAAUGCUAGGAACAACCAGAAGCAAAUGUUAUUUAAAAACUUCUUAAAGCAAAAUGUAAUGUAGAAUGUAAGACAUCCUUCAUUUUUAAGAUAUGCCAUUUUAAGUGUCAUUGUUCUGAAGCUGAUUUUUUUAGAUUGGUGUGCAUUUAACUUUUGCUGAAGUACACUUGUUUUAAGAAAACAUUUUUUAGCCUUUGCUCAUCAAGACUGUAGUGGGUUUACAGUUUCCAUCUCAACAACUUAUGCAAUAUAAUUAGUCUGCUGCUUAUUCCAUGGUUUUACUAAUUAUUUGGGGGGAAAAAAAAUUGAAAAACUUUCACAUGUAUUUGCAACAGACAGAUAUGCUGGCUAGAACAAAAGGAAACUAUCCUCAGACUUGAACACUGAUCAGAUACUUAUUCAUCUGUAAUGAAAUAUAAUGCAGGAGAAUUUUUUUCUUAACCUUCCUACUAGCUGAAGUCUAAGGCAAAUUUAAUGAACUCUGGGGACUCUGCAAACACGUAUGCAUUGCCGAUAAUGCCCAGAGGAACGUGCAGUAAUACCAGUGCUUGCCAAAAUAAUUUUUCAGGAGAUGCAUUUUUCUGAAAAUUAAUUUGAAACAUUCAAACUAAAGGUUUUGCAUGUUAGAUAUUUCUAAGAAUUGAAUCUGCUUGUUUGAUCUCUUUAUAAUGUUUUUAACAGUUUUGUUCAAACAAUUCAAGUUAAUUUAAAUCCUGGACUUUAUUAACAGCAAAAAAAAAAAAAAAAAAAAAGAUGAAAAAAAGAUAAAUUGUCUAUUCAGUUUCUCAAUUCACUGCAUUUCUUAAAAAAAAAAAAAUCAAUCCAGUUGUAAACAAACUGGUAAUAUAAUAAGCUUGUAUUUUAUCAAAUGGA